CGAGUGUGGAGGGUUUGAGAGGACAGCAACGUCAAGACAUCACCAAUUCACCCUCACGUCGCCAUUCACACCGCCGCAACCAUGCCUCGCGAAGUCACCGACAUCAAGAGCUUCAUCGAGAUCUGCCGUCGCAAGGAUGCUUCCUCUGCGCGGAUAAAGAAGAACCGCAGCGCCGGUAUCAACCAGACCAAGUUCAAGGUCCGCUGCCAGAGACACCUCUACACUCUCGUGCUCAAGGACAACGACAAGGCCGAGAAGCUGAAGCAGUCGCUUCCUCCGGGGCUCUCCAUCUCCGAGACGCCAAAGAAGAACGCCCGUGGCAAGCGUGUCGCCAAGUCUUCGUAGAUGUUUCGAGCAUGAGCGGGAAUUGAAGGAGGCAUUGGCGUUCUACGGAAAUGGCAGCAUGAGAUGAAUGGCAUAUUUGCGAAGCUCCGGAAUCAUCGGAGCCGCGCGAAUCAAGAGCUAGAAAUAUGAGCAAACCAAUGAGUUAGGCCACAUGAAAUGGCAAUGGCGACUUCAACCCGUGAUCACCAUACGCCUUGAUUUCUUUCUGGUCUGAGUUGCCGAAUGGAAGCGGCGAGCAUGCCGACUAGGGAAGUGCAAUUGCGGACGGACUACAAGUGCCUCAGCUUCCGAAAUGCUGACCGCACCUUACAACCCGUCCUAGAUUGAGCGCGAGCGAAGAGGCCUCUGACAUUGCGCCUACGAAGACACGGGCGACAAUGAUCGAAUAACCUCUUACAAACUUCUGAUUUUGAGCACAGCCACACGAAUUACCUGCAGCGUACGAUCAUCGUCUAGAGCACUAUCCGGCUCCGUAUGCUGCCGACACAGACGAA